AAAAGCUUGAGCGUAUGAUUCGUUUGCUAAAUAUCUGAUUAUGGUCUAAAAAAAUUACACGCCACUAGAAACAUCAUCGGGUCAGCUGACUGCUACGUAGUCACGUGAUAUUUUCCAACAGCUUCGCUGCAGUGCAUAAGGGGGCGUGUCGUGUGUACCGGUAAACUCAGAGUGGGCGUGUCUGCCCCGACGGUUAACCUUUUAAUAGGUCCAAUAGUCGAAGAAAAAGGUGUUGUGGACCAAGGGUUAAACGCAUGGACCUAGGGCCUCUACGAAUAGUCAAACCUCCUAACCUUUAUGCCUUCUUUCCUUAACCUUUGUGGAACACGUCAUCGGGUCAAGGAGAGAUGAAAAGGUGCUUUCCAGUGAUGUGGACGCACCAUAAGUAUACUCCCUGGAAGUAAGGACAGUAUAGUCAAUAUUAGGCUCGUUUUCUCGCUAAAUAUAAUUUCAGUACUCAUUUAUCCGGAUAAAUUAAUUAAAUACGAGUUAUUAUAAGGAAGAAAGUAUGUAAUAUGUUGGCUAUGUUUUUAAGAAACAUAUUAAACAUCAAUUCGGUCAUAAUAAUUCCCAGAACCGAACCGCCGUUUUUUGCUGAAGAGUUUCCCCUUGAAUCCGCAAUCAGUGAACGUCAUGAGCUAUACCAGGUCUCCGCUGCCGACAGAGGGCGACAAACUCGACUUAACCAGCAAGCCUUCGGAUGGCUGAGGCCAGGUCUGAUGAGGACAGCUGUUGGACAAUAUCACGUGACUGACUACUCAGCCUACCCACGUGGGGGGGGAUGAUCAUGUUUCUUUUCAUACCAUCAUCAGAUAUUUAGCCAACGAAUCUUACAUUGAACAUUUUAAAACUGUACCGUUGAUUACUGCACGGGCUAAACGCCUUGAAGGCUGCAUUCCACAUGGUCUAAUCCAACGAAGAAUAAGCAACCCACAAUCCAUUGAGAUGUCGUCCACCUCCUCUGUGGUUCUAAACACCGGGGUUUCGAUGCCCCUGGUCGGCUUCGGGACAUACAAUUUGUGUGAAAGCGGAGAGGUCUACAUAGCCGUCGACGCGGCUCUGCAAGCCGGGUACCGGGCCUUCGACACGGCGGCUGUUUACGGCAACGAAGCGGAGCUCGGCCGAGCUCUACGGGAACUGCUGCCCAAGCACGGGCUAUCUAGAGAGGAAAUCUUCAUCACUAGCAAGCUAGGACCCAAGGACCAGGGAGAGAGGGCCAUGGAGGCAGCCCUCAACAGUGUGUCGGAGCUGGGCAUGGACUACAUCGACCUCUACCUGAUCCACUGGCCCGGGACCCGGGAUUUGGCUGUGGGGGACCCCUGUAACCAAGGUAACCGCGCUGGGAGCUGGGCGGCGCUGGAGGAGCUGCACGCGCAGGGCAAGCUGCGGGCCAUCGGGGUGUCCAACUACACGCCGGCGCACAUGAAGACGCUGCUGCAGAGCUGCAGGACCCCCCCGGCCCUGCUGCAGACAGAGUUCCAUCCCCGUCUCUGCCAGACGGACCUCAGGCGGGUGUGUGAGGAGCAGGGUGUGUGUUUCCAGGCCUACUCCUCCUUGGGGAAAGGAGAGCUGGUCAAACACCCUGUCGUUAUGGAGGUGGCAAAAGGCUGUGAGCGCACACCUGCACAGGUGUUGCUACGAUGGGCCGUGCAGCAAGGGGUCCCGGUGCUGCCCAAGUCUUCCAACCCUACCAGGAUCCAGGAGAACAUGGCGCUGUUUGACUUCUCGCUGGACGCGACCAUCAUGGAGCGACUGACGGCUCUGGACGACGGACACAAGUACUGCAGGGAUUCCUCGGAGGUGGCGUGACUCACGUCGCCACGGAAGCCUGGAAGGGUCAGGUGUUACGUAAGCACACCAACCAGAACAGACGCCAGAGCUCUGGGACUCCAGCAGAAAGGAAGUUAGUCUCCAAUCAGGACAAAGUUUUGAGUCAGACGUUGGAUAACAAUUACUGAAAUGGACCAUGAAGUGACAUCACAUACGGGAGGGUUUUACCUAGAUACAUGAUAGGAUAUAUAUAUAUUGAUAUGCCUACUGGACUGAGCCUGUCCAGUGGACCGUACCAACUGUUAGGCUUAUUUGGCCAACACACAUCUGUGUUGGAUACUCCCAUUUUUGAUGGUUUGGGUGUGUUUUGAAAUGGCUUAAACAAGCUAAUAAACAUCCCAUCUGUUGGUAAAAUUGGUGCUGUACUGGCCUCACAUUUUGUAAGAACCCUCACCGAGCAAUGAGAGCCAGGAUUGGCUUAGGGAAAAUGUAGAUGUAAUAUGAUGAAUAAACAGUAUGGUAGGAUGUUUAGGUUCUGUUACAUUGGGUCGUUUGUCUAUUUCACAUUAGUGCUAAUCCUUACAGAGUGAGCGUUUCAACUUUGACGUUAACCUUUCGACAAACUUCCUUUUUUUCCGUUUCGGAGUUUCCAAUUGAAUCCACAAUCGGUGAACGUAAUGAGCUGUACCGGUGGCCCGCGGCCGACAGAGGGCGCCAAUAUCCACUGAACCAGCGAGCCGUCGGUACUCUGACGGGAGGUCCAGGAUAGGAUAGCAUACGUUCUCUUUUAUAAACAGUCAUAUGCAGAUUAGAGUCAUUGAUGGUCACUAAACGCUUGAAUGAAUGUGUAAAAAUGAAGGAACCACUUAUGGAACAUGUUCUUCCAAACCAAAGCCUACGAUUUCUGAGCAACAAAUAUAAA